AUGGUAAUCGUUGAACACGGGCUGCUUCUUCAGAUAGUCAGUUUAAUUGACAAGGGACCCGCUGCUACGAAUGGGCGAUUAAAGCCAGGUGAUGUUCUGCUCAAAGUUGGACCAGUGAAUGUUAUGGGGUACCAGCUCCGUGAACUGCAACGACUUUUACAUGGCCUCCCGGCAUGGAGUAACUUGCAGGUGGCGGUGUACCGAGAUUACAUUAAUAUACCCGCUGUUUGGAAAAACAAUGCUUCACAAAUAACUGGUCUGCCAGAAAAAAUAAAAGAAAGGUCUGAACAAAGCAUCAAAGAUGAAGGAUCUGAAGAAUGGACCAGCGAUGAAGACUAUGAUGAUGCUGAAGCUAGUAAUAGUUUUCUCAAGCCAACCCGGAGCUUCUGGCAUGAUUCCACUACCAUUCUGCCUUCCAUCUCCAAAGCAUGGCAUGCAAAGAAGAAAACCAAGAAAGUGUUUUCAGUAGGCAUUGACAUUGGUUAUGAUAUUAUGAUUCACCGUCCAUUUUAUGACAACCAAACAGACUUUGACUCUUCUUUCUGGUGUGAUACUGAUUCAUCGUCUUCUUCCUCCUCAGAUUAG